AUGGUCUUACUCAAACUCGAUGACGAACGGUUCCGUAUCCCUCGAAUCUUGCCUGAUAGAUGUGUGAUGAUGGCUUUGGUGCAUGAUCUUGCUGAAGCUCAAGUUGGCGAUAUCGCACCGAGAGAAGGAAUACCAAAGGCAGAAAAGCACAGACUAGAAUCCGAAGCUAUGCACAAUAUCGUGCACGACAUGCUUCACAAUAGCCCAGCUGCGCAGAAAAUCAACGCUCUCUGGAUGGAGUACGAAGAUGGGCAAUCUCCUGAAGCUAAAUUUGUCAAAGAUCUUGAUCGAUUUGAAAUGGCGUCACAAGCUCUAGAGUAUGAGAAAAAUCAUGGCGCAAGUCUGCAACCAUUCUUCGACAGCAGCAUACCAAAACUCCAACACCCUCAAGUACAAGAAUGGGGUCAGGGACUGCUAGGAGAAAGAUACAACAUAAGCAACACAUCUACAACAAGCCGGUAA